GCCAGGUGCGGAUGGGAACAGAUCUGAACCGACUCAGUUCGAUUCGCUUUUGUGUAAUUUAGUCGCAGAUUCGACGUCAUCGAGACAGUGCAUUAGGAUUCUUUCACCAUUUCGCUAUUUGGUAUUCGAUAAUUCGAGAUAAACACGCAUAAAUUGGCAUAAACAUAAACAAAAGCGCGGUGAAUGUGAGAGAGUGGGUGAAAAGGCUGCUGAAGGAGUAGUGAAAAGGGGAGUGGGAAGGCAAGCAAGAAUGUUUGUGGCCACGACGCAGUUGCGUCGCUUUUUGCUUUGCGUCUUCCUCUGGCUGUUGACUCAGCGUGGCACGUGUGGCGCCUACCACGAAGAGGGGCGCUAUCCGUGCGCCUUCAUCGACACCGUGAAUAUCACGGGCAGCUACAGCAUGGGGAGCAACAUGAAUGGAUCGUAUCUACACAACUGGACAGUGAUUCCUCGUGAGCUGGUGACACCCUACGACUUUGUCAUCGAGAAUGGCAUUCGAGUGCCUGCUGUGCGACAUUUGCGUGCCUGCGUCUGUCGCCUUCGUCCCUGUGUCCGCUUCUGUUGUCCUGCGGGGCAAUUCUAUCAGCUGGAGACGCGUCGCUGUGUGGAUCACCCCGAGGUGCCUGGCCAUAGUCACAUGACUGUACAGCUGCAGAAUGGCACCCAAUUGCAUCAGGAACUGGGUACUUGGUUCUCCGUUCAUGUGGAAUCUCCUUGCGAUCACAUGCGAGCGGUGACCAAGGACUCGGAAUAUCUCCACUGGACCCUACAUGAGAACGGUUCGAUCACUCAUCGCGAGCAUCAUUUCACCAAACACUAUUGCUUCACCCCGCUCCUCUUCGGCAACAGCAGCUGGAGCUGGCAACCUCUUGCCUGCGAACCCGAGAAACUACAUUUUGUGCUCGGCGUGCGCGAAUGGACUUAUGCUAUAUGUCUCUUGAUCUGCAUUAUCUCGAUGUUCAUUGUGCUGAUGGUGCAUCUGACGUGCUCGGAUAUGCGCAAUAGUUUCUACGGCGUUGCUGUCAAAGCCUAUAUGAUCUGUGUUAUCUUUGGCUAUGCGCUUUUGGCACAUCUUACGCUCCACGAUCCCGCAAAUCUGUCAUCGGCCGCUUGUCGCAUCAUACCCAGCUUCGCGUUGCUCUUCCUGGUUUUGUCCUUUUACAUAUUGAGUUUCAUCUCGUUCAAAUUAUAUCUGAGCUUCCAUGGCGUGGUGUUGACUAAACUGAUGUUUUGGCUGAUCUUGAUACCAAUUGUCAUCAUCGCCAUUGGCUGGUCUUUCUAUGUGGGUUUCAGUUAUCAUGGCGCUAAGUUAGUGCUUGGAGGCGAUACUUGUUGGUUCGAUCCUCGCAACUGGACUGUGAUGAUCUAUUUCUUUGCUCCCAUUUUCAUUGCCUGUGCCAUCAGCUGCUUCUUUUAUAUUCUCACUUUGAUUUGCAUCAGCGAAGAGCCCGAUGUUGAUUCAGAGAAGAGCUUUGAGUCCUUGGAGCGAAAUCGUUUGAAGUCCUUUUGGAAAUUCUUUUCCUACACUGCACUCAUUUGGUUCAUUUACAUCUGUUCCUUUGCUGUCAACUAUUAUCGUGAAGAGCGAUCUCAUUUGAACUAUGCAGUUUGUCUCUGCACCGCUUUUCAUGGCUUUGCUGCGCUUUAUGCGCUUGUUGGCAAAAAUCAACAAAUACAAAACUUUUUACGGCGCAUUGAGGAUAAUAACGAUGAGGACACCGGUGAAAACUCUGUGCACAUGUACAUUUAUUGAUGUCAGCACAGUUUUGUUGCCGCUGCACAGUUUUAGAGCGACUGUUCGCAAUGUAGAGCGAGCAAUUAGUCGUGACAAACACUUUUUAACAGCAGCUAACCAACGUGACUCUAGCGGAGACUUGAACCUAGUGCAGCUUUUGCAUUGACUGAAAAGCUUUUUUUGAAACUAACGGAAAUUAUGAAGAUGUAUU